GAGCGCGCGCGGAAGCCCCGCCCCCGCCCGCCAUGGCCGCCGCGCUGAGCGACGCGCACCGGCGCUUCCUGCAGGCGCUGCUGGCCCGCGGGGUGGUGGAGGCGGCCGAGGCGGAGCGGCUGCGCCGGCUGUGCUGCCAGCGGCACCCGGCCCCCGGCGCCAGCGACGCCCUGGACGACUUCCUGGCCGCCCUGAACGCGCAGCUGCAGCCGCUCUCCAUGGAGAUCCGGAGGGGCUCGGCGGAAGACAGCGGCGGCGCCUACGUGGCCCUGGUGAACCUGGCAGAGACCGACCUCACCAAAAUGGCCAGCGACUUCUCCGAGAACGAGCUGGAGCUCUUCAAGAAGACGCUGGACUUGAUCCUGAUGUCCGGGAACGGCUUUGCAUCGUCCACCGAGAUCUUGAACUUGGCUGACCAGUUGAAGCCGAAAAAAAUGAAGAAAAUGGAAGUGGAACAAGUGCUCCAACAGCUGGUGCAGAAGAAGUGGUUGUGUGAGAAAGAAGGGGAGUACACCCUGCACAUCCGCAGCAUCCUUGAACUGGAACAGUACAUCUUCCGCCAUUACCCGGAGUCUGCCCGGAAAUGCCAUAUCUGCCACAGCCUUUCCAUUCAGAGUCAAGUGUGUGAGGACUGUGGAAUUGUGCUCCAUUGCUCUUGCCUUUCCAAGUAUUUCCAAACACAACCAGAGCCCCGUUGCCCUCACUGCAAGCAGUUUUGGCCUCACAGGAUUCCAGACCUCCAUCCUCCCAGCCAGUUGCCCUCAAGUGCCAGGAGAGAGAGCAGGAAGGCCUCCAGGACGGGCUUCAGGCACCAGCAAUAGCAGCUGCCGCUGCCGCCUCUGACCUCUCGGAUGACACGGAGGAGCGGGUUCUUUCUCUGGGCGCACCUGGACAAAGUGGGGCUGUGCGGGGGUUAAAAGCUGAAACUGCACAAGGGCUUAUGCUGCUGUCUUUAUUGGCAGCCAUGUUGCCUUCUUUUUGCUUUGAGUGGUGGUUGGGCAGUUGGCCUGCUCCUUAUUUACUGCCCGUGGAGCAUUGUCCUCAACAUUUCUCCUUUAUUUUAUAAAGGGAAUCACUGUAGAUGGGUCCUAUCCCACUUAGCACAACAGGACAUGCCUGAGCAACUAUUCCAUUCACCCAGCGGGCGAUCCCUGCCUCUUCCCAAAUACAUUUUGCUCUUGGCAUCACUCCCCCUCUCUGAAUUGAUGGGACUUGAGUGGGUUGUAGAUCCAUUAGGGAAUUUUAAUUUCCUUGCAUACCUCACCCAAGAGCGGAUCCCUUUGGGACUCUGCAGGAUGACUUGCUUAAGCCAUAAUAUUAGUAGCUGAGAGUGACAUAUUUUCUACUGACAAAAUAAACUUGGGACUGAA